AUGUCAACUGAAGUCCGUAAACCAAAAGAACAGACUGAAGAACAUGCAGCUACUAUACAAGCUGUAAAACGGUCCGAUAAGAAUGAUAAGGGAAACACUGAGAAUGUUAAAGCUCAGUCAGAUCUGUCUGAAGUUACCCGAACUAUUAUGAAUUGUUUUGAACAGUUAUCCAAAAAAAUUGAGGAGAUAAAUAAAACUAUUCCCCUACAAUGUACUAAAUGUAAUAGGUUAGGUCACGUAGUUAAGGAUUGUAGGGUUCCAACUUGUUAUAAUUGUCAAAAAGUAGGACAUGUUAGCAAAGAUUGUAAGGCUCCAAGGUCAAAUAAGAGACAAAACAAUCCAAAUCAAGAUUUAAACAAGGGAAGCCUGAGUUCAGGGUCAGAAACCCAGUUAUCCAAAAAAAUUGAGGAGAUAAAUAAAACUAUUCCCCUACAAUGUACUAAAUGUAAUAGGUUAGGUCACGUAGUUAAGGAUUGUAGGGUUCCAACUUGUUAUAAUUGUCAAAAAGUAGGACAUGUUAGCAAAGAUUGUAAGGCUCCAAGGUCAAAUAAGAGACAAAACAAUCCAAAUCAAGAUUUAAACAAGGGAAGCCUGAGUUCAGGGUCAGAAACCCAGGCUGCGGAACAGAAAUAA